GUCGCUUCGUGUCCGAUGCGCCAGCCAUGCGACCCAAGCUUUCUUGAAGAAGGAUGGACUGAGAUGCACGACGGAGUCGUUCCCCCGUAUCCACUCACAGAGCGCGAUCCUGCGUACGACGCCGUCGUGUUCCAUCACCUAUCGUCCGUCGAACGUGCAAGGCGACGUGUGCUGUCGCUUGUGAUCACGUUUACUAUAGAGAUGCUUGUGGCGUUUGUCAUUUCGAGGCAUACAGCGACGUUGCGAACGUACCCGCUUCUCAUGUCGUUCAUGCCUGUGAUCUCGGCAAUCUCUGGCAAUGUCGGGUUGCAGUCGUCGAGCAUCAUGACGCGAGCGUUAGCGGUCGGCCUUGUGACAACGAAAGAUUCGGCUCGAGCGAUUGGGCGGGACGUGUCGUCGGCCGUGGUGCUUGGCCUUGUCCUGGGCUUCGUGACAGGCAUCGUGGCCGGAAUGUGGCAGAACUGGGUCGUGUUUGGCGUCGUCGUAGGAAUUGCGCAGUUUUUAUCGAUCGUCACGGCCGCGCUCACGGGGAGUGCCGCGCCGCUGAUAGGCAAGUGGCUGCAUUUCGACCCCGCCACAUUUGCGGGGCCCAUGGAGACAGCGAUCCAAGACGUUGUCGGGAACUCGUUCUUCUUAAUCCUCGCCAGCGGCAUGCUCGACUACUUUGCCCACGUUGGCCAUCGACGCUAAACAUUGUAAAAUACACUAUUCCAUACGCA